AUGGCGGAAGCUCUUGACGCCGAUGGCGAUGGUGCUUGCGUUGGUUCGGACGCCAAAGAAGUCGAAGGACUACUGAUAGAUGACGAGGCGUGUACAAUGGACCCAGUAGGCGAUAAUACUACACACUUCUCCGGGGAGUUUUCAUAUUGGAACUUCUCCAUGCGACUGAAGCGUCACAUGGAACAGCAAAUGGGGGGACUGGAGGGUUCUCAUAUAAGUGGUCCUAGCGGGGUGUGGGACUUUCCACGAGCUCAUCAGUUGCGUCCAGGACGUGAUCGCCUCUCGGCGGCAAUAUCAUGCUGCCCCCCUGGUCCAAUUGCCGAGUUUCUGACAAGAAACUUUUUCAAGUAUGCCGAAACUCAUUACUUUUUCGUUGGGAAAACCUGGUUUUUCGAACGAAUGAAUCUUCUUUAUAGCGACUCUGGUAGCUUUGCCAAAAAGGGAGGCGAGGCGAUUAUCAGCAUCCUCCUGACUGUAUUUGCGAUCGGGUCUCAAUAUGCACACUUCGAAUCUUCGACGUAUAAUUCGAGCGGGUCGUCACGGCAAAACCUUUCAGAGGAAGACAUCGAUGCAACAUUAUAUCAGCAAGCGAUCCAUCUACUACCGGAGAUCAUCGAGUUAUCUUCCUUGGAGAGCGUUCAAGCUUGUCUACUCCUUGGUUAUUAUGCACUUCCUGUUGACACUUCGGGGCUGGGGUAUAUUUACGUCAAUAUUGCAAUUCGACUCGGCAUGCAGAAUGGUAUGCACCGAAGAUGCAAGAACGAUGCCUUUGAUGCAACCAUGGUCGAGACACGCAAUCGUGUUUGGUGGACAGCAUAUUUACUUGAAAGAAAAAUCUCCAUCUUCCACGGCAGGCCGCUCUCAGUGCUUAGAAACGAUGUCGAUGCGACCAUUCCUCUAUACCAAUCGACCUUGGAAUUUAAUGACACUCACGCAAGUGUCGCGCGCACAGACGCAUCGAUCAAGUUGGUCCAUUUUCUUGAGGACCUGUUUCAUAAAGUAAACAAUCUUCGGAGUUGCCAAAAACAACAAAUCCCAACCAUCAUUACUCACCUCUUGACUAUCAAAGCGGCAAUGAAAGAGUGGUGGAGUUCUCUUCCCCAAGAGGUUGUGAAUAGCAGCUUGCAGCCGCCAGCGCACGUUCGCUCAGUAAUGCACCUCCAGCUAGAAUAUUGUCUGGUUCGGAUGUUUAUCGGACGACCGUUUCUGCUGAGAAGAGAGUAUUCAGACUCAACGAAUAACGCUCCAGCGUAUUCGGAGAACAAUCCUGACGAAAGCCACACUACCUCCAACGGUGCAGGUUUUAAGCAUUCGUCGAGUCGCAAGGACCUCAUUGAUGACUGCAUCGAGGCAGCAACGGAGGCACUGAGAAUUUGCCAGGAACUACGAGAUAGUGGAGCAGGUCUAGCACGAGCUUCGUACAUCGAGUAUAGCUCAUGCCGAGCGUCGCUCCUCGUGCUGAUUGCCUUCUCGAUACAAAAUCCCUCGGAGCAAUUUCAAAGAAAUAAACUGCUUUACAACGGGUUAGGCAUGAUUAGAGACAUGUCAGCUGCUGGAGAGUCGGCUCAAUCUGAGGUGUGCUUAAUUGAAUCACUCAAGCGUGCACUUGCACGUCUCCACACAGGGGCCCAGCAGCCUCAGCAGGGUAAUAUUAUGGCCCCGUCUGCCUAUUCCAUUUCAGAGUAUGAGGCUUUCAAGCACUGGGGAGCUACGCUGAGAGAAGGUGUCAUGUUUGAGGCAGCUGAUAUUGCCACAAAUCCUUCUCAUGAUCAGUCUUCAUUUGAUGCCCAGUCCUAUGACCGCAUCAUGCAAACGAAUUGCGGUCAGGGACUUUUUUCUGCGUCAGAUUGUGAUAUGGGCAUGCUCGGAUCUCUCGACCCGCUUGUUGAAAUCCCACUUUUCGGCACUGAGAAUACAUUCCCCUCAGCUACGUGGCCUAUCUGGACCGAGACACAAGUCCUGGAACAAUUUCUCACAAAUCCAGAAUAUGGGAUAGCACACGGCAUGGACAUAGGCGAGCAUUGA